AAGCGACCAACUGAGGACCUCGAAACAAUAUAAGGACGGGAGAACAGUCGAUAUUCGAGACCAAAUCUCGAGUUGAAAAUGAAGUAUUUGAGUCACCUGUGUCUGCUCUUUUGCUCUCUAUCAGCCGUCUCUUGCGGCAUUUACUACAGUUACUGCCCGUCCGAUUUUUUGGAGAGAUACUGCGCAUUAAGCGAGAGAGACGAAGUGUUAGAGUGCAUCAAAGACAAGGAAAAUGUGAGAAGCUUGGAGAUUCUUGAAGGUUGUUUCAACUCCGUUCACGAAAUAGGAACUCUGAGUAUGGACGAUAAGUUCAAACAAAUUUGCAACUUGGAAGUUCACGAAUACGAAUUACUUCGAAAAUGCUUUCAGAACGGAUUAUACUUAGAACGUAGACGAGGUAGUAAAGUACACACCGUAGUUGAGGACUGUGUUUCUAAAACCGAAGUAAAAGAAAAGAAGGAUUGCAGAAGAAGAGGAUUCCACGCUUACAUCCAUUUUGGUAAAUGGAUUUAAUACGAGUAUCUGAGAAAUAAUGUCUAAUCUAUAAGGAUGUAUACAAAAUGGAUAGAAAUUACCAAAACUAACGAGUUCCAUCGCAUACUUUGAUUUAAAAAAAAAAAUAUAUAUAUAA